CAGUCCAGCCCUUAUUGGUGUUGUCAAGUCAUGAUGGCAGGGGAUAUUUUGGGAGAGGAGACAGCUGGACAAGCUCCUUCAAACAAUGAGUUGCAGGGCAGAGGAGGAGGAGGGAGUAAGAGAUUAGAGCACUGCUGAGGGGAACGGGGUGGGGAGGGCAGUUGGACACUGAAUUUAAAACAGUCUUGCUGCUGAAAGGGCUGUCCCUGAGGACUGUCCACUGUAACACUGAGAUUCAUGGAGACGAGAGCUUAAAAAAUAAGCUUCAAAGAGGAGUGUAGGAAUCUCAGAGGAAGAAACACUUGACGGCAAACUGUUUCCUGUCCCUGCCCAGAAUUUUCAGCUAACUGGUCGUUUUCCAUUCCACAUCAAGCCAUUUAAAGGGACAGGAAAGGGAGUCUGAGGAUUCUGUGGGUGUCAGUGGACUGAGUGAGAGAAGGUGCCUGGCCAUUCGAUCCCUGAGCAUUCUUCAAUGGAUGUCUUCGGUGGAGCUCCGAGAUUUUUAUCGUAUCCCAGGACGUUCACGGUGCCCAAUGGGGCAGACGCCGUUCUCAAGUGUCAAAUCGCUGGGGACCCUCGUCCAACUGUGAUCUGGGAGAGGGACAAGACUCAGAUCUCACCUCACGGUCGCUACCGGUUCCUGGAGGACGGCAAUGUCUACAACCUGGUGGUGUCGCGGGCGAGGGUGGAGGACAGUGGGCAGUACAUCUGCAAGGCCAAGAACAGCGUGGGGGAGACCUACGCGGCCGCCACCCUCAAGGUGGAGGAGUGCGACGGGGACCCGGAGAACCGGCCGGCCUUCGUGGUCAAGCCCACCUCGGCCAGGGUGGUCCGCGGCCACGACGUGGUCUUCACCGGGCGGCUGGCCGGCUCCCCGAUGCCGGCGGUGACCUGGGAGAAGGACGGCAAGAAGCUGACCGAGAUCUUCGAGAGCGGGCACUUCAGCGAAGGCUGCGACGGCGAAGGCUGGCACCACCUGAAGAUCUUCAGCGCCCGCAUGCCCGACGCGGGGGUCUACCUAUGCAAGGCGCGCAACCCUCUCGGCGAGGCCAUGUCGGCGGCCGUCCUCCUCGUGGAGCCAGGCGACGCCCCCCACGAGCCAGCCCCGCCCACAACCGCCAGCAACGGCCUUGGGGUCAGCGAGGGGUCGGGCGCCCAACGGAUCCGGCGCGAGGCGCGGCGCGGGAAAAGGCACCGCCUCCCUCACCGUGAGCCGCACUCAGCCUCCGGCGUCGCCCGCCAGAGCCACGCCACUGAAGACCCACCGAGGGCCUGCAAAGUCAAAGUCUUCUCCGUGACAGAGGGCAAGCACGCGAAGUUCCGGUGCUAUGUCACCGGGAAGCCCAAGCCCGAGAUUUUCUGGAGAAAGGACGGUCGGCUGGUCGCCCCUGGUAGGCGUCACCUCCUCUACGAGGACAGGGAGGGCUACUUCAUCCUCAAGGUGCUGUACUGCAAGCAGCAGGAUAAUGGCCUGUACGCUUGUGCUGCCUCCAAUGCAGCUGGUCAGACCCUCAGCUCAGUGCUGCUCAACGUCAAAGAACCUCGCAUCAAAUUUAAGAACCAGUUGCAGGAUGUCGAGGUGAAUGAGAGGGAGCAGGCGAUCUUGGAAUGUGAGGUCCCGGGAGACUCGAUACCAGCUGUCUGGUACCUUGAAGACCGCAAGUUACACUCUAGUGCCAAGUACAUUAUCGAGCAGCAAGGGGCAGUACAUCGCCUUACCAUUAAGGAUGUAACCAUGGAUGACGAUGGAGUUUACCUCUGUGAGAUGAAAGAUGGUGGCAGGAGCAUUGCUGAGGUGGCAGUAAAAGGUAAAAUCGUGAAGCGGUUACCACGGAAACUGGAUGUAGUGGAGGGAGAGAAUGCAGCCUUCUGUGUGGACCUGGAUGAGGAGAAUGUGGAGGUGUCCUGGUACAAGGAUGGAGAGCUGCUGACUGAAUCCCAUAAAACAAUCAUCAAGUCCUUUGGGAAAACCCACAUUCUGGUCUUUGUUAAUGUCACAGUGGAAGAUUCUGGUGUCAUCACCUUCGUUAUCAGUGACUCCAAAUCGUCAUCGCAGCUUCGUGUGAAACCCAGGAGACAUAUACCUCCCAGUGCCCCAGUGAAUGUACGGAUGAGUUGUGAGAAGCCCAAUGUAGCCUCCCUGCUGUGGGCAUCACCACCCGACUGCCAGCGGAAUGGGGUGACUGGUUACGUGAUUGAGAGGCAGGAGCUGGGCACUGAGGAGUGGGUGCGCUGCCUGACCACUGAGGGCAGCACAGUAGUGGAGAUCCUGGGAGAGAGCGUUUCCAAUGAGGCCCGCUACCGAUUCCGGGUCUGCUCCGUCAACAACUAUGGGAAGAGCGAGCAGGUGGAAUUCCCUGGAGUGGUGCACCUAGUCCCUUCGGCGAGGAUUCGGACUCACCUCAGUGACAUGACGUUGUAUCAGGACACUGAUGCGGAGUUCACCAUCGAGCUGUCCACCUCUGUCCUGGGAACAUGGCACAUGAAGGGGCAGCAGCUUCACAAUGAUGAAAGGUUCAAGAUCGACCAGUCGAGGACACGUCACAUGCUGCUGAUCAGAGGAGUCAAAGUGGAGGAAAAUGAGUCGGAGAUAACAUUUGUUGCUCAUGGAGUCCGAGACUCGGCCAUUCUAUUUGUCAAAGCUAUCCCGGUGAAGAUCACACUGGGUCCAGGGAUGGAGACCGUGCAGCAGAUCACAGCCUCCGAGUCAAUUAUCCUUUGUUGUGAGGUGUCAAGGCCCAAUACCAAAGUCCAGUGGUGUAAAGACGGAGAGAUCCUCACUCCAAGUGACCGUGUCUCUGUCCAUUCGUCAGGCCACGUUCGGAAGCUCAUCGUCCAAUCUGCCCGGCCAUCAGAUUCUGGACAGUAUGUCUGUGAUGCUACUGAGGAUUCCCUCAUGUUCACCGUUAAUGUUUUGGCAUCUCCAGUGAGGAUAGUGAAUACAACCGAUGAUACAAAGAUGGAGUAUCUCACUUCGGAGUGCAUUGUGUUGACCUGUGAGCUCUCCCGCUCCAAUGCUGAAGUGAAAUGGUAUAGAAAUGGACUGGAAAUCGAAGGAAGUGGAAAGGUUAAGAUGGAGUCACAUGGAGUCCACAGGAGUCUAAUUAUUGAGAAGGCUGGAACAGAAGAUUCUGGAGAAUAUGUCUGUGAUGCAGGGGACGAUUCCAUCUUUUAUGACAUCACCGUGAGAGAGCCUCCAGUGAGAAUUGUCAACAGUUCCUCUUCGCUGUUGAGUGUACUGACUGGGGGUGAAAUUGUCCUCUCGUGUGAGGUCUCACAGCCCAAGGCAGAAGUGAGAUGGUACAAGGAUGGAGUGGAGGUGGAGCAGAGUGAGAGAUCCAUGAUGGAGGUGGACAGAGGGUACAGGAAGUUGACCAUUUGCCCAGCUGCUCUGGGGGACCAAGGAACGUAUGUGUGCAAAGCAGUUGACAUCUCAGCGAAGUUUGAAGUGACUGUGUCUGAUCCUCCAGUGAGAAUUGUCGACAGCACCUCUCCGGCAUUGAAUGUACUGACCGGGAGUGAGCUUGUUCUUUUGUGCAAGGUCUCGCAGCCUGAGGCAGAGGUGAGAUGGUACAAGGAUGGAGUGGAGGUGGAGCACAGUGAGAGGGCCAUAAUGGAGGUGGACGGAAGAUGUAGGAGGCUGACAAUCCACCCUGCUACUAUGGGGGACCAAGGAACAUAUUUAUGCGACGCAGUUGAUGUCUCAGCCAAGUUUGAAGUGACUGUGUCUGAACCUCCGGUGAGAAUCAUCACCAGUUCCUCUCCAGUAUUGAGCGUACUGACCGGGAGUAAAAUUUUCCUCUCGUGUGAGCUCUCUCAGCCCCAAGGAGAGGUGAGAUGGCACAAGGAUGGGGUGGAAGUGGAGCAAAGUGAGAGAUCCACAAUGGAGGUGAAUGGAACGUGCAGGAGGCUGACCAUCUGCCCAGCGGUGAUGGACGACCAAGGAAUAUAUAUGUGCGAUGCAGUUGAUGACUUGGCCAAGUUUGAAGUGACUGUGUCCGAACCUCCGGUAAGAAUCAUCAACAGUUCGUCUCCAGUGUUGAGUGUACUGACUGGGGCUGAGGUUGUCCUGACGUGUGAGCUCUCUCGGCCCAAGGCCGAGGUGAGUUGGUACAAGGAUGGGGUUGAAGUGAAGCAGAACGAGAACUGCAGGAUGGAGGUGGAUGGAAGACGCAGGAGACUGACCAUCCGCCAGGUUACAGUGGGGGACGGAGGAAUAUAUCUGUGUGAUGCAAUCAAUGACGCGGCCAAGUUUGAAGUGACUGUGUCCGUGCCUCCGGUAAGAAUCAUUAACAGUUCAUCUCCGGUAUUGAGUGUACUGACCGGGGCUGAGGUUGUCCUGUCAUGUGAGCUCUCUCGGCCCAAGGCUGAGGUGAGAUGGUACAAGGAUGGGAUUGAGCUGAAGCGGAACAAGAACUGCAGGAUGGAGGUGGAUGGAAUUCGCAGGAGACUGACCAUCCGCCAGGUUACAGUGGGGGACGGAGGGUUAUAUCUGUGUGAUGCAGUCGACGACUCGGCCAAGUUUGAAGUGACUGUGUCCGAGUCUCCGGUAAGAAUCAUAAACAGCUCCUCUCCAGUAUUGAAUGUGCUGACUGGGAAUGAGGUUGUCCUGUCAUGUGAGCUGUCACGGCCCACGGUCGAAGUGAGAUGGUACAAGGAUGGGGUGGAGGUGGAGCGGAAUGAGAAAUGCACAAUGGAGGUGGACGGAAGACGCAGGAGGCUCACCAUCCAGCAGGUUACAGUGGGGGACCGAGGAACUUACGUGUGUGAUGCAGUCGACGACUCAGCAAAGUUUGAAGUGGCCGUGUCCGAGCCUCCGGUAAGAAUCGUCAACAGUUCAUCUCCGGUGUUGAGUGUACUGACCGGGGCUGAGGUUGUCCUGUCGUGUGAGCUCUCUCGGCCCAAGGCCAAGGUGAAAUGGUACAAGGAUGGGGUUGAAGUGAAGCGGAACGAGAACUGCAGGAUGGAGGUGGAUGGAAGAUGCAGGAGACUGAUCAUUCGCCAGGUUACAGAGGAGGAUGGAGGGAUAUAUCUGUGUGAUGCUAUCGACGACUCGGCCAAGUUUGAAGUGACUGUGACUGAGCCUCCGGUCAGAAUCGUAAACAGUUCCUCCCCGGUAUUGAAUGUACUGACUGGGGAUGAGGUUGCUCUGUCAUGUGACCUGUCACGACCCAAGGUCGAAGUGAGAUGGUUCAAGGAUGGGGUGGAGGUGGAGCAGAAUGAGAAGUGCACAAUGGAGGUGGAUGGAAGACAUAGGAGGCUGGCCAUCCGGCAGGUUACAGUGGGGGACCGAGGAACUUACCUGUGUGACGCAGUCGACGAUUCAGUCAAGUUUGAAAUGGCCGUGUCUGACCCUCCAGUAAGGAUCGUGAACAGUUCCUCUCCGGUAUUGAGUGUACUGACUGGGAGUCAGGUUGUUCUGUCAUGUGAGCUCUCUCAGCACAAUGCCGAGGUGAGAUGGUUCAAGGAUGGGGUGAAGGUGGAGAGGAACGAGAAGUGCACAAUGGAAAUGGAUGGAAAAUGCAGAAGGCUGACUAUCCGCCAGGUUACAUUGGGGGACCGAGGAACGUAUCUGUGUGACGCAGUUGAGGACUCAGCCAAGUUUGAAGUGACUGUGUCUGAGCCUCCGAUAAGAAUCAUCAACAGUUCCUCUCCAGUAUUAAAUGUACUGACUGGGGAUGAAGUUAUCCUGUCAUGUGAGCUAUCACGGCCCAAAGUCGAAGUGAGAUGGUUCAAGGACGGGGUGGAGGUGGAGCGAAACGAGAAGUGCACAAUGGAAAUGGAUGGAAGACGCAGAAGGCUGACCAUCCACCAGGUUACAAUGGGAGACCGAGGGACGUACCUGUGUGACGCAGUCGACGACUUGGCCAAGUUUGACGUGAAUGUGUCCGAGCCUCCAGUAAGAAUCGUCAACAGUUCGUCUCCGGUGUUGAUUGUACUGACCGGGGCUGAGGUUGUCCUGUCAUGUGAGCUCACUCAACCCAAGGCUGAGGUGAGAUGGUACAAGGACGCGGUUGAGGUGAAGCGGACUGAGAACUGCACGUUGGAGGUGGACGGAAGACGCAGGAGACUGACCAUCCACCAGGUUACAGUUGGGGACGGAGGGACAUACAUGUGUGAUGCAGUUGACGACUCAGCCAAGUUUGAAGUGACCGUGUCUGAGCCUCCAGUAAGAAUCGUCAACAGUUCGUCUGCGGUGUUGAGUGUACUGACUGGGGCUGAGGUUGUCCUGUCGUGUGAGCUCUCUCAACCCAAGGCCGAGGUGAGAUGGUACAAAGAUGGGGUUGAGGUGAAGUGGAAUGAGAACUGCACGAUGGAGGUGGAUGGAAGAUGCAGGAGACUGACCAUUCGCCAGGUUACAGUGGGGGACGGAGGAAUAUAUCUAUGUGAUGCAGUUGACGACUCGGCCAAGUUUGAAGUGAAUGUGUCCGAGCCUCCAAUAAGAAUCGUCAACAGUUCCUCUCCGAUAUUGAAUGUACUGACUGGGGACGAGGUUGUCCUGUCAUGUGAGCUGUCAUGGCCGAAGGCAAAAGUGAGAUGGUUCCAUGACGGGGUGGAGGUGGUGCAGAACGAGAAGUGUACAAUAGAAAUGGAUGGAAGAUGCAGAAGGUUGACCAUCCACCGGGUUACACUGGGAGACCGAGGGACGUACUUGUGUGACGCAGUUGACGACUUGGCCAAGUUUGAAUUGAGUGUUUCUGAGCCUCCGGUAAGAAUCGUCAACAGUUCCCCUCCAAUGUUGAGUGUACUGACUGGGGGCAAGGUUGUCCUUUCGUGUGAACUCUCAAGGCCCAAGGCAGAGGUGAGAUGGUACAAGGAUGGGGUUGAGGUGGAGCAGAGUGAGAGGUCCACAAUGGAGGUGGAUGGAGGACACAGGAGACUGACCAUCCACCCAGUUACAAUGGGCGAUCGAGGGACAUACCUGUGUGAUGCAGUUGAUGACUUGGCCAAGUUUGAAGUGACUGUGUCUGAACUGCCGCUUAAGAUAAUCAGACGGAGUAAGGGUCCGGCAGAGCACAAGUAUCUGAUCUCUGAGGACUUUACACUUCAGUGCGAGCUGUCUCGGUCGGAUGGUGUUGCCAAAUGGUACAAGGACGGGGAGAAGGUGGUGGAAAACAAGAGGAUCUCCAUCAGGAAGGAGGGAAUGUUCCAGUUGCUACGGGUUCUGGAUGCUGAUACAACAGACACUGGAGAAUACCUCUGUGAUGUCCAGAGUGACAGCAUUGUAUUCAGAGUUUGUGUGGAAGAGCCACCGAUUAAGAUAAUCAGACAGACAGAGGGUCCAACAGAGCACAAGUACCUGACCUCCGAGGUCAUUACACUCCAGUGUGAGCUGUCUCAGCUGGAUGGUGUUGCCAAAUGGUACAAGGAUGGGGAGAAGAUGGUGGAAAAUGAGAGGAUCUUCAUUGGGAAUGAGGGAGCAUUCCGAUCACUGCGGGUACUAGAUGCUCGGACGACAGACUCGGGAGAGUACCUCUGUGAUGUCCAGAGUGACAGCGUUGUAUUCGGAGUAUGUGUGCAAGAGCCACCGGUUAAGAUAAUCAGACAAACUGAGGGUCCAGCAGAGCACAAGUACCUGACUUCAGAGAACAUUAUGCUCCAGUGUGAACUGUCACGGCUGGAUGGUGUUGCCAAAUGGUACAAGGACGGGGAAAAAGUGGUGGAAAAUGAGAGGAUCUCCAUUGGGAGGGAAGGAACGUUCCGAUCACUGAGGGUACUGGAUGCUCAGACAACAGACUCUGGAGAAUACCUCUGUGAUGUCCAGAGUGACCGCAUUGUAUUCAGAGUGCAUGUGGAAGAGCCACUGGUUAAGAUAAUCAGACAGUUUGCAUGUCCGGCAAAGCAGAAGUACCUGACCUCUGAGGACUUUGUGCUCCAAUGUGAGCUAUCUCGGCCGGAUGUUGUUGCCAAAUGGUACAAGAAUGGGGAGAAAGUGGUAGAAAAUGAGAGGAUCUCUCUCAGAAUGGAAGGAACGUUUCGGUCGCUGCAAGUUCUGGAAGCUCAAGUGACAGACUCAGGAGAGUACCUCUGUGAUGUCCAGAGUGAUAGCAUUGUAUUCAGAGUGCACGUGGAAGAGCCACCAGUUAAGAUAAUCAGACAGACCAAGGAUCCAGCAGAGUAUAAGUACCUGACCUCCGAGGAUAUUACCCUCCAGUGUGAACUGUCUUGGCCAGAUGGUAUUGCCAAAUGGUACAAAGACAGGGUGAACGUGGUGGAAAAUGAGAGGAUCACCAUGGGAAGGGAAGGAACGUUCCGGUCUCUGCAGAUAUUGGACGCUCGGACAACAGAUUCUGGAGAGUACCUCUGUGAUGUACAGAGCGAUAACAUUGUAUUCAGAGUGCGUGUGGAAGAUCCUCCUGUAAUGAUUGUUGGAAGCUCCCAUAUCUCGGAAGAUCGCAGUUUCAUUGAGUCUGAGACCAUUGCUAUUACAUGUAAACUAUGCCAUCCAGAUGUGCAGGUUCGCUGGUCCAAGGAUGGGAUUGAGCUGCGGCCCAGUGACAAAAUCAGGAUAGAGUCACGGGGUCUGAUAAGGGAGCUGAUGAUCUUCGACUCUGAACCAUCCGAUUCUGGACAAUAUGUCUGUGAUGCUGACUCAGACAAACUGACUUUUAAAGUGACUGUCACAGAGGCCCCAGUGUUGUUUACAAACAAGGAGAAACAUCCGGAAGAAGUUUACGCCAAUGAGAAUGGACAGGCUGUGCUCGCAGCCAUUGUCUCCAAGGAGCCAGCCAGUGUCACCUGGUAUCGCCACAAGGAGCAGGUGACCAAGGGGGAAAAGUACGAGAUGAAGAAUGAGUCGCGCGUGCACAGUCUGAUCAUCAAGAAUGUCCUGAAGAAUGAUUCUGGGUUCUACAUCUGCCGCUCCACAGAUGAUGAGAUGAUCUUCAAUGUGAACAUGACUGAGCUGCCACUCAUAUUUGUGCUGAAGCUGGAGGACGUGUGCGUUCAGAGAGACGGCUCCAUCACCCUAUGGUGUGAACUCAACAAGGUGAAAGGUGACGUCAUGUGGCUGAAGGAUGGGAAGGAGGUCCGUCCCAGUCGCAAGCAUGUCAUCCGAGCUGAGGGGCGACUGCGAUCCUUGACCCUGUGCAAAGCAACACUUGACGACGAGGGUGAAUACUCGUGCGAGUCUAAGGAUGACAGGACAGUGGGAAGAGUGUCCGUGAGAGUUCCCCGGGUCGUGGAGUUCAUCUCCGAUCUCCGCAGUAUCACCGUGCUGGAGGGAGAUGACGCUAAGUUCAAGUGCAUGGUGUCCCCGGAGGAUGUGAGGCUGUCCUGGCACGUGCAUGGCCGUGAAGUCCCACCAGGCAGCACGAAAUAUGUGACCUCGCGGAAUGGUCUGUGUCACAUGCUGCUGAUACAGGACUGCCAGCUUACAGAUAUUGGCCAAGUGAUAGCAGAGGCUGAGGGAAUUGUCUCCACUGCCAACCUUCAGGUGCAAGAGACCCAGGUUGUGUUCACCAGGAAGCUGGUGAGCGUGGUAACAGAAGAGCGGCAAGAUGCUACUUUUGAAGUAGAGGUAAGCAAUGAGUCAGCCGAGGUCCAGUGGAUGAAGCAGGGAGUGGUUAUCCAGUCCAGUCCAAAGUUCAUUCUGCAGCAAGACGGCAGGACCAGGCGGCUAAUCAUAUGUGACACUGUGUUCUCUGACCGAGGGAAUUACCGCUGUGAGACCCUGCAUGACAGAACACAGGCCAAACUCAUCAUUGAACCUCGAAGGAUAUCAGUGAGGAAGCCUCUGGAGGACAUGGAGAUCUUUGAGAAGGAAGCAGUCACCUUCCAGGUGGAAUUAUCCCACGUGGACGUUGAUGGCAUGUGGAUCAAGGAUGGAAUACGAGUGAAGCCCAACAACAACCGGCGGAUCAGCUGCACAGGAAAAGUCCAUAGCCUCACACUGUCCGCACUGACACUCGAGGACUCAGGCACUGUCACAUUUCAGGCCGACAAUGUCCGCAGCACCUCACGGAUAACAGUCAGAGAACCCCCAGUCACAUUCCUGAAGGAGCUAAAAGAUCUGCGGGUUCCAGAAUCUACUGCCAUCACCUUGGAGUGUGAGCUGUCCCGGCCCAAUGUAGAGGUCAUCUGGUAUAAGGACGACUUGGAAAUGAAACCCAAUAAAAACGUCCGGAUUUACUCAAUGGGGAGGAAGCGGAUUGCUCAGUUGGGGAAGUGUGGAGUUCAAGAUUCUGGAACUUAUUCCUGUGACGCGGGUGAAUGCAAAACCUCGGGCAAGCUGGAGGUGUUUGAACAGGAAAUUCAGAUUGUGAAGGAGCUAGAGGAUCAGGAAGUUCGAGAGAACAACAAUGCAGUCUUCGUCUGUGAAGUGUCCCAUGCAGAAGUGAAGAGUGAAUGGUUACAGAAUGGAAAUAGAAUCAAAUCAAACAGCAAUGUCAAAAUUAGACAGGAGGGGACCAAACAUUUCAUGCUGAUCUACAAGGUGAGGGCAGAGGAUGCUGGAGAAAUUCGAUUUAGAGCCAAGAAUGCCGAGUCUGUCGCUCGUCUAGAUGUCAAUGGUAUUUUGGUUGCUUCUUUCCAGUUCACCUUUCCAUUUGCACUCAAGGAAUUGCCAGUCAAGAUUGUUAAACCUCUGCGGGAUAAGACUGCACUGGAGAAACACAAGGUCAUCUUGGAGUGUAAAGUUUCCAAGCCACAUGCCCAUGUAUGUUGGUACCGGGGGGGAGAAGAACUGUAUGCCAGCAGCAAGUACGAGAUCUGCAGCGAGGACUGCUACCGGCAGCUGGUUAUCCAUGAUGUCAGCUUCGAGGAUGAAGCCACCUACACCUGUGACGCCUUUGAUGACUGCUCAUCUGCCAAGGUACUUGUGGAAGAGCAAGCCAUUCUGAUAAUGAAGGAUCUUGUGGACAUGGAGGUGACAGCUCCUAAUGCAAUCCAGUUGGAAUGCGAGGUGUCAGUGCCUAUGAUCAGAGCCCCUCAGUGGAGCCUGAAUGGACAGCUCCUUCAGAAUGGGGAUGGGGUCCGCAUUGAAAACAGAGGGACUAUCCAGCGGCUGAUCCUCAGCAACACCUCCCCUGACAUGAGCGGAGUGGUGAAGUUCACUGCAGGGAAGGCACGUUGCAGUGCUAAGCUAACUGUCAAAGGUGAAUAGAAGCACUGGGUUGGAACAGAUUCACUCCCCACCUGGGAAUUGAACACACAAACACACACACACACAUGCUCCAGGAAAACAUUGUCCCUGGACCAUAAUGCCAGUCAUGUUUUACUGCCUGCUUUAAGGGACUGCUCAAUUCACCUUCACUCUUUGCUUGAAAAGAGGCAACAUCGCAUGGAGAUCUCCUCAAGUCUCCCCCUCCACUCACUGACUCAGGAUAAACCGAGCUGAUGCAUUGAGGAUAGUGUCAACUUCCCUGGAUUGUCCUGGAAUCUUCAGGAAUGAAUCUCGCAGAUGUAGCUGCUCACCAAACCUAGAAGUAACAACAUAGUGGCACUGUUUCAAAAACACACCGAGUACUAUUUAAUUUUCAUGAAACUCUUGAGUUAUAAAAAUGUCAGAGAUUUGGGCAAAAGGCCCAAUCGAUUAAGUUGAAAAUCAAGUUAGCUGAUUUAUCUGGGUUGUUGCUGCUUGGGGCUCCAGGGGGUCACAGUUGGCCCCAGGUUUUCCUGGGUUGAGAGGGGGAAUACAAACCUUUCCUUGUCAGAAUGUCCUUGGAGAGAGAGAGAGAGAAUGUAAUGUCCACAGUUUGCUUCAAGCAUUCUAUGACCAGCACAGUAAGGAUGAGGAUGCAUAUACCCCGCCCACCCACCAAAAAUAACAUUGUUGGAAUUAAAUUUGUCGUUUUCCUUUGACCUUUGUUACAGUGAUCCUUAGGGGAUGUCAAUUUGAAUUUUAAUUUCACCACCAUCUUAUUUUUAAAAUAGCAGACACAUCCAAGGUCCCAGCACAGAAUCACUAUCCAGCCAGAAGCUUGACUGUGAUGCACCUUAAGUUCAAAUUGUAUUGUGAUACACACACACACACACACAGCUUAGUCCAUUUGGGCAGCCAAUUACAUCCAGAGCAAGCCAGUAUCUUCUGACGUUUAUUGUGUUACCUACUGACCCCUGUCAUUGCCAACUACUGCGAAUGCUCAGCAUUCAAGAUCCUGGAUCCUGAUCCAAGUUAGCUUACCUACUCUGCCAUAUACAUACGCUUGGAUCUCCACUGACCAAAUUUCCUUUUAUCCGUUCUGUGUGGGCUCCAAAGGUAUUGCCCCCACCUAUACCUAAUCAUCCUCCAUAGCCAUGACAAAGUCACCCAGUCAUCACUAGUCUCUAAACCUGUCUCAGUGCACCGACCAAAAACCCUCAUCCAUGCUUUUGUUUUCUUCAGCCUUCAUAUUUCCAAUGCAUAUACACCGACUCUUCCAUUUUCUGCAAUCUCUAGAUUAACUGACGUUCUGCUGCCUGUGACCUAAUUUGCCCCAAGUCGUGUUCAUCUGACAUCAAAUUUUGGAAAUAUUCAUUUGGUACUCCCCAGAUUGAAGCUGCUAGAAUUUGAGAUCUUCAAGGUGGCGUUUCCUAUUGAAUUUAAUGUUUUCCCUGACACUGGACUCAGUAUUGUCAUCAUUAGUACUACUUCCUGACCUUUCUCUCCACCUCAUCUUACCUUCACAUCAUACCAGAGUUUGUGCCUUCAGCCUUAGUUCCUUUACCUCUUUCAAGACUAACCCCAACUUUAAAACCCAGAUCAGUGACUAAACUUACGGUUGCUCUUUCCUAAUUUUUCGUUCGUCUCUGUCCCCAUUUGUAUGAACCGCUUUGAUCUCCAAGCAUGCCAUUUGCCUUGUAUAUUAAUAAAGGAAUAUCAGUGUGGAAUCUUCACACACACCACCACUAUUAUACCCAAGCAAAAAUCUUAGUGAUGCACUUGUUAGCAGACAUUAUGAAUUGAUUGUGUUUAUUGUGGUUGUUGUCCAGGGAUCUUCACAGUGCUUGAUUCCAGUCAGCAAUACAAUUGGUUUGUGAUGCUGUUACCUCCUUAUAAAAAAAUGUUGCACCAGAUGGCCAUUUUUGCGCAUCUUUUAUUUCUGCCUGCAAACAUGCAGUGUGGUAAUUAUGAGCAUUGUUCUUUCACAUGCUGAGAAACAUAACAAAUAAGGGUAGGACAUUGGGCCCAUUGAUCCUGCUGUUCCAUUGUGUGGUCACGGUUGAUCUUGAAUUUUAACUGCAACUUCUCGCCCACUGCCCUUAGCCCACAAUUCCGAGAUUCCAAAAUCUGCCUGUUCCAGCCUUCGAUAUUUCAACAAUAGAGCAUCCACUUCAGCAGGGGUAGAGAAUUCCAAAGAUUCACGACCCUCUGAAAAGAUAUCUCUCUAUCACACUCCAAAAUUAUUGACUGCAUAUGUUAAUGGCAUGUGUAGUAGCAGCGAAAUCUCAGAAAUAGUGAUACUUAGCAAACGCUUAAAAAUGAAAAAAGAAAUGAGGAGAAAAGAAAACUUUAAAAAUCCACUUUAUGUUGCAUAUGCAUUUAAUCAGAGGUGAGUAUAUGCAGUCAGAACUUACCAUCAGAUGGUUGGUGUCAGAACUUUCUAAAUGAUUUGUUUCUUCACUUCGGGCUGCACCUCCAUGUUUUAGACAUCCAGCUAGGGAGAAAUAACUUGCAUAUCUCACGCUGCAUUCCCACACAGCUUUAUAUCAGCAGCAGUUAUGUUACUCUGACAGUUUUUGUACAGAUCCCAUCCUUAAACCCAAGUGUCUCCAGUAUUCAAUCACAGACCUAUAUUGCUCCCAGUUGAGGAAAGGUUUAAAAUUUUCAUCCUUCUUCUGGCUUCAUUCUUCAUCUUUGUAACCUCCUCCAGUCCUGCAUGCGAUUUCUUUAAUUCUCCAGUUUCUAAUUGUCUUUAAACCUCAGACUUUCAUUCUUGAUUAGAUAUAGACUGUAGGGAAAUAGAUGGUGACAUCUUGCAAAAUGUCCAGAUUACA